AUGCAGUGCUUUCGAAUGAAUUUAUUAUCAUAGGUACGAUCCUGAUUUUUUUUCUCCAGAAAUAUGCCUAUUAAAUUGAGAAAAUUUUGCAUUGCUUUAAAUCUGUUUGUAUGCCUGAUGAUUUUGUGUUAUUUUGUGUACAUACAAAAAAACACGACAAAAAAGUUCUUACCUAAAAGUAGCAUGCCUCUCGACAAGGAAGAAUGUGAUUUGCCUUGGUGGGAUGGAGCUCUGGACAACUGCAAUGCAAUCCAAAAUCAGUUUAUAGCUCAGAACAAUAAGACUCGUAGCUAUUGCGGCAAGCGGGCAGACUUUGCUGGAACUGGUCAAAAUGUAAUAAGCUUCUGUUUUUUUGGAAAUUUUACUGCCUACGCUUCUGGGUUUCCAGAGAUUCUGCAAGCCAUUAAAGAAUUUUAUCCUGGUUGGCUUGUAAGGCUGUACACCGAACCAACGAAGUACGUACAGGAAGUUGGGCCGCUCAUGCAGCAGCACCCGAACUUGUACGUGUGCGACGUGACCAACCUACCGGGCAACAUCACCGACUUACGAGGACUGGAUUCUCGGCUAUGGAGAGUAGCUGUGCUGGGCGACGAGACAGUUGACGUGUUCUUGUCUCGAGAUAUAGAUUCCGUGAUGUUGGAUCGUGAAGUUCAUGCGGUACGAGAGUUUUUGGAGUCAGGCAAGGUGCUUCACUUAAUGCGGGAUCAUCCAUCGCAUCCUGCAGCUAUUCUAACAGGCAUGUUCGGCGUAAACCAAACAGCCAGCAACCGCACUCUCCUCAACUCCAUCCGCGGCCAACUUUUUGGCAAACUCAAGAAAGGUUCUGAUCAAGCCUUACUGAAAAACUACUUAUACCCCAAGCUGGUGAUGGACUCAGUCACGCACGACAGCUACCAGUGUAAAAAAUUUCCCUCGACUGUGCCAUUCCCGACGAAGAGGGUGAAUGGUCAGUUUGUGGGCAAUAGAAGGUAUCGAAGUAAAUACAAGAAUGAGGUGGUAAGAGGUCCUUGCCCCAAAGAAUGCCGACCUCCAAACCACCAAGACUGGAAGUAUUGCUGAAUUUUCCAGCUUAUGAGUGCAAAGAAUGAACUCAUUUGAUGGCAAGGAGCUUUUACGAAUUGGAUUGUCUGGUUAGAUAGGAAUUAUUAAUAGUUAGAUAUUUCAUAAUAGUCAUUAGUUAGAUGAAUAUCACAUUAGUUAGAUGUAGAGUCAUUAACAGUUAGAUAGUUCACAAUAGAUAUAGUUCACAACCAUUUGCUAUAGCACACAUAAAGAGUGCGAUUUGUUCAAGUCUGAUAAUUGAUAAUAUAAUUGUUGCGACCUGUCUUUGAGCAGGCAAGAUAUAAAUACUGUUUCAAGUUUUUUAUAAUCUAUUGUCGUAAUUAAGCUGGAACUGUUAUAUACUACAGCUGAAAGGCUGUGGUAUCUCUUAAUAUUUUCACAUUUUAGAAGUUAUUUGUGUGUUUGAAGACUCCUACCUUGAAUAUACAGUCUCUUCGAUUGCUUAUGUGACCUUGAUAUGAAUUAUUGUUUUUAUUGGUGGAAUCUUUAGCCAUUGCAAAACGGAGAGGAGAAGCUGAGUUAGAAAUUAUAUGUGACUUUUAAUUAGGUAGGAGUGAAUUUUAUUAAUGAAUAAAAACGAAUUUCAGAUUUUAAACUAGAAAUGGAAACUUGCUAAGAGCUAAGCAUGGGCUGCAACUUGUGCAUUUUCAAUUUAUGUGCUUUAGUUUCAGACUUUAUCAUCGUAUUCGCCGUAACAGGAUCCUCAAAUUUCAAAAAAUUAUUCAACGCUGGCAACGCGUGUCUUAUCCAUUUAUUAAACGAUAUUAUUAACACUUUUGCGAAAUGAAUUUUAAAUUUCGUGAUGAUUUAAGGUUGAAAAUAUGUGAGCUCUCUAGACAUUUUGGUGGAACCUAGACUGCAUCUCAUAGGUAAUGCAAAUUUAAUAUCUGAUUGUAAUUAAUGUAAAAAUGAACGAUUAUUAUGUAUGCUUGUGAGCUGUACUUAGCCCGAGCUGCAUUCAUACAGGGCGCAAAUACUCGAGUUGGUGACAAGCCUCGUCUCAACCAAAUAACAUUCAUUCAACAGCUUUCAAUAAAUUCGCUCUGCCAAAUUGGACUCUAGCUCAAGUUAACAGCUGUCUCGCAAUAAACUCUUCCACGCUCAAUAUUUAGUAAUUUAACGAUCAUUCGUGAGCUCCAACCACCGUAGCAGUUGAAAGUCCUCGAGUUCUAAUUUUUUUCCUGUUUGCUUUUUCACUGUCAUAUUUUUUGUAUGAAUGUUGUUAUUUAUUCCUUAUUUUGUUAUUUCGCUCUGUAAUUAUAUCCUCCCUGAACUCUACCCAAUUACUCAAUCAAUUCAUCAAACCUAAAACGUAACUUCUAAAUAUGAGCCAGGGGCCGUAUUAUCAAA